AUGGCUCCAGGCGGCGGAGGUAAUAUUAAAGUGGUGGUCCGAGUGCGACCCUUCAAUAGCAGAGAAAUCGACCGAGGCGCAACAUGUAUCGUGCAGAUGAAAGGCAACCAGACGGUGCUCACCGCACCGUCUGGCGCGGAGGAAAAGUCGCGAAAGGGCGCUGGCAAGGGCGGCGGCGACGGACCCAAGGUGUUCGCUUUCGAUCGAUCAUACUGGUCAUUCGACAAGAACGACCCGAAUUAUGCCGGCCAGGACAACCUCUUCGAUGAUCUGGGCACGCCACUCCUCGACAAUGCCUUCGGCGGAUAUAACAAUUGUAUUUUCGCGUAUGGUCAGACCGGUUCUGGAAAAUCGUACUCGAUGAUGGGUUAUGGCCAGGAGCAUGGUGUUAUCCCGCGUAUUUGCCAGUCGAUGUUCACCCGGAUUAAUGACAUCCAACAAGACAAGAGCUUGAAUGUCACGGUUGAGGUGUCAUACCUGGAAAUUUACAAUGAACGCGUUCGCGACUUGCUCAACCCUUCGAAUAAGGGUAAUUUGAAAGUUCGUGAGCAUCCGUCCACUGGUCCAUAUGUGGAGGAUUUGGCGAAGCUAGUCGUGCGCUCGUUUGACGAAAUCGAUCAUUUGAUGGAUGAGGGAAACAAGGCUCGAACGGUGGCGGCCACGAACAUGAACGAAACCUCCAGUCGAUCCCACGCUGUCUUUACUCUGACUCUCACGCAAAAACGUCACGACGCAGAGACUUCGAUGGACACGGAGAAGGUGUCGAAGAUCAGUUUGGUCGAUUUGGCCGGUUCCGAGAGAGCAAACUCGACCGGAGCCACUGGUGCCCGUUUGAAGGAAGGUGCUGAGAUCAACCGAUCUCUAUCUACUCUUGGUCGUGUCAUUGCAGCAUUGGCUGAUGUCUCAUCUGGCAAGCUCAAAAAGGCAUCCAUGGUACCCUAUCGUGAUUCAGUACUCACCUGGUUGCUGAAGGAUUCCUUGGGAGGUAACUCAAUGACUUCGAUGAUUGCAGCGAUUUCGCCUGCAGAUAUCAAUUUCGACGAGACACUGAGUACUCUGCGUUAUGCCGACUCCGCCAAACGAAUCAAGAACCAUGCAGUCGUGAAUGAGGAUCCGAACGCUCGCAUGAUUCGCGAACUUAAAGAGGAGUUGGCACAGUUGCGGUCCAAACUUGGAGGUGGUGUCCCAGGAGGUGUUCCCGGGGCGCCUGGCACAAUAUCGCAAGAAGAAUAUUAUCCUCCCGAUACCCCAUUGGAGAAGCAGAUGGUCUCUAUCCAGCAAGCGGAUGGUACUGUCACCAAAGUCAGCAAAGCCGAGAUUGUGGAACAGCUCAAUCAGAGUGAGAAGCUGUACAAAGAUCUCAAUCAAACAUGGGAGGAGAAACUGCAAAAGACCGAGGAGAUCCACAAAGAGCGCGAGCAGGCUCUCGAGGAACUGGGUAUCAACAUCGAAAAGGGUUUCAUUGGAUUGAGCACUCCGAAGAAGAUGCCCCAUUUGGUCAACCUCAGCGAUGACCCACUACUCGCCGAGUGUCUGGUCUACAAUAUCAAACCGGGUACUACGACCGUGGGUCAUAUGGACCAAGGAAACAACGUUGAGAUUCGACUGAACGGCUCGAAAAUUCUCACCAAACACUGUACCUUUGAAAAUGUCGACAAUGUCGUCACUAUUGUUCCGACGGAAGGUGCUGCUGUGAUGGUGAAUGGUUUGCGCAUCGAUAAGCCCACACGCCUAAAGAGUGGAUUCCGAAUUAUCCUUGGUGACUUUCAUAUUUUCCGUUUCAAUCACCCGCAGGAAGCUCGUGCCGAACGAGUAGAGCAGAGCUUGUUGCGACAUUCCGUGACGACGAGCCAACUCGGCUCACCAGCACCAAACAAGACCCAUGACCGGUCGCCUAGCAAGGUCGGCUCAGAAGUGGAUGGUGAUUCCAGCAGGGCAGAUUCCCCAAUGCCCUCACAACGUGGGAGAGAAUCAGAUUGGUUCCUUGCUCGACGAGAAGCCGUCAGUGCCAUGUUGGGCCCAGACCAUAUUUCUCACUUGCCCGACGAUGAACUAGAUGCCCUGUUCGAAGACGUGCAGAAAGCGCGAGCGGUGCGUCGCGGACUCCCGGAAAAUGAAGAAGACUCAGACUCGUUGAGCUCUUUCCCAGUACGCGACAAGUACAUGUCAAAUGGGACUAUCGACAAUUUCUCUCUCGACACGGCUAUCACCAUGCCUGGUACACCACGGCAAACUGACGAUGAUGGGACAAACGGAGUUUCUCUCAAAUUGGUUCAGAAAGACAUGCAACGCCAGCUCGAUCAGCAGCGGGAAGAGUUUCAAGAUAAAUUGAGGCUUGCAGAGACCUCCUCCAACCAAGACGUGGGUGAACUACAAACCGAAAAGCAACGCAUGGAGGAUGCCCUGAGGUCUGCCAAGGAGGAGUUUGAAGAGCAAUUGAGAGUGCAAAAGGAAACCUUUGAAACGCAGAUGCGUGAUAUGGGCAAGCCAAUUCCGCAAAUAUACGAGAAUGGCUUCGCCAAGUUGGAUGAACGCGAACUUGAAAUCGCACGAACUGUAUUCAACCAUUGGUCGCAGCGCAACUACGUUCGGAUGGCAGAGAACAUUCUGCAACAUGCCUCUCUCUUAAAGGAAGCACAGGUCAUGAGUCAGAUCAUGGACAAGAAUGUGGUCUUCCAAUUCACUGUUGUCGAUCAUGGCCAUAGCAUGGCUUCUUCGUACGAUCUGGUGCUGAACGGGAUUUCCGGUGACGAAGAUAUUGUGCUGGAAGAGACGAAAAAGCCCUGCGUCGGCGUUCGGGUGAUUGACUACAAGCAGUGUGUGAUUCAUCUGUGGUCGAUUGAGAAACUCCAGCGCCGCGUGCAAUCCAUGCGACAACUCCACCAGUAUAUCGACCGACCAGACUACAUCCAGCACUUCAAACUUGACAAUCCGUUCUCUGAGCCGUGCUCGCCGCAAUAUUCCCUCAUCGGUGAUGCUAACAUCCCCCUGACUGCUGUCUUCGAGACGCGCGUGCAAGACUUUUCUAUCGAGAUCAUUUCGCCUUAUACUCAGAGCGUCAUCGGCAUCAUUCGCCUGUCUCUUGAGCCAUCCUCCGCACAAGCCCCUUCGUCAACUCUGAAAUUCAACGUUGUCAUGCGGGACAUGGUUGGGUUUGCCGAGUGGGAAGGAUCUGACGUCCACGCCCAGCUUUUCGUUCCUGGAAUCUCAGAGGAAGGUGGUGCGACCACCACGCAGAUGAUUAGUGGGUUUGAAGAGAGCCCUGUCCGAUUUGAAAGCGUGCACAGCAUGAGCCUGCCAUUGUCAAGUCCGCGAUCCGCCGCACUCAAAGUCUGUGUCUACGCUCGUGUGACAUCGGUUCACCUCGACAAGCUGCUUAGCUGGGAUGAUAUGCGGGACUCAGCGGAGAUCACGCCCAAAAAGCGCACUGCUCCUCGAAUUGCAGAGUCGGAGUUUUACUCGGAGGAGAGACAUGAUGUCUUUGCCCGAGUUCAAAUUCUUGAGAUGGCGGAGUCUGGCGAGUACCUUCCCGUUGAGGUUGUUCAGAACAGCGCCCUUGACGCCGGCACGUAUCAACUCCACCAGGGCCUGCAGCGUCGCAUUUCGAUCAACAUGACUUACAGCUCUACUGAAAGCUUACCGUGGGAUGAUAUCUGCAACGCCCGUGUUGGCUCCGUACGCCUUCUUGACCCAUGGGGUAAAAUCCCUGACCAGGAUCUUCAAACACCGGAUGUUCCUCUCAAGUUCCUGCAGGAACCGAUGGUCAAGGACAAUGCCGACGGCACGUCAAAUGUCACGAUUGUAGGCCAGUGGGACUCGAGCCUGCACGGCUCUCUGCUCCUUGACCGGGUUACCGCAGACAAGUAUCGAGUUCAGGUUACUGUUCGCUGGGAUCUCGUCUCUUCCCGGCUUCAGACCCCUGUUGUGUUCGAGGUCGACCAGACUCUGCAAAUCUUGGGACGUACCUACGUUCGUCAGCAGUCAAUGUUCAAGCAGCUCUGGAGCUCUACUCGAGUUGUGCACUCGACUACGCAAAUGUACUCGUUGGUCAUUCGUCCAAUCUCUGCCAAACGCGCGGCCGAUCUUUGGCGAAUGAACACCCAAAACGACUAUGUCAAGGGCGAGGAGUUAUUGACGACAUGGGCACCCCGCAAGGUCUCGCUGGUUCGGGAUUAUAUUGCUGCUCGCAAACGCCGAUACAGGCUAGCCGAGCUACAUGCCGCCCGCGGGGCUCUUAGUGUUGGCAGCCUGACGGCUUCUCCUGCCCGCAGUGGACGAUCGACCCCGAUGCGCAACCAGGAUCUCAACGAACGGAAAUCUAAACUGCUCCGCAAGUACCUUGAGCUCUGGUCGACCAAGAAAGACCCGACCGAUGCCAUCCUCAUUCGGAGCAACACCGAGCCCCCGCCGAUGGCGCAGCCAUUGCAGCACAACGCAAGUCGAAUGGCACGGAUGCCGCAGGCAAAGUCCACCAUCCAAACCCUGCCGAAGAACCCUUCAGCCCUAAAGUCGGGCUAUGUGCUCACUCCUGACGAUACCAACAGCGUCUGGGUUCGACGGUUCGUGGAGCUUCGCCGGCCGUAUCUUCACAUCUACUCAGCCGACGGGGAUGAAAUCAACGCUAUCAACCUACGCAACUCCCGUGUCGACCAUGCGCCGGACUUCGCCCGACUUCUAGACGGGUCCGGCGCUGGUGCUGAUCGCUCGCUCUCUGCCAAGGGCCGGCCCAAUAUUUUCGCCGUCUACGGGACCCAGAACACCUUCCUUUUCGCCACACGCACCGAGGCACAAAAGGUAGAAUGGAUCCUGAAGAUCGACGAGAGCUACUUCAGCAGCAACGGCGGCAGUGCCGUAGCCAGCGGCGACGAGCGGUAA